AUGGCAUCUAUGGAAAAUAGGACACAGGUGAAUGAGUUUAUUCUUUUGGGAUUGACAGAUGCCCCAGAGCUUCAGGUGCCCUUCUUUUUGCUUUUUACCCUCAUCUACCUCAUUACAUUAGUGGGGAACCUGGGCAUGGUGGCCAUGAUCUCCUGGGACUCCCACCUCCACACUCCUAUGUAUUUUUUCCUCAGUAACCUCUCUCUGGUGGAUUUUGGUUACUCUUCAGCCAUUACACCCAAGAUGAUGGCUGGGUUUCUCAUGGGGAAUAAGGUCAUCUCCUACAAUGGAUGUGCUGCCCAGAUGCUCUUCUUUCUGGCCUUUGCCUCCACUGAAAAUUUUCUCUUAGCCACAAUGGCUUAUGAUCGCCAUGCAGCUGUGUGUAGGCCUCUCCAUUAUACCACCACCAUGACAACAAGUGUAUGUGCUGGUCUGGCCAUUGCUUCCUAUAUCUGUGGCUUUCUGAAUUCUGCCAUUCACACAGGAGACACAUUUAGCCUGUUUUUCUGCAAUUCUAAUGUGAUCCAUCACUUCUUCUGUGACAUCCCUCCACUCCUCGAUCUCUCUUGCUCUGACAGCCACACCGCAGAAUGGGUGCUCUUUAUUGUAGGGGGAUUCACUGCCUUUUUUGCCAUCCUGGUCAUCUUGGCCUCCUACUUGUUCAUUUUCAUCACCAUCUUGAAGAUUCGCUCUUCUGAAGGCCGACAGAAAGCCUUCUCUACCUGUGCUACCCACCUCACAGCUGUGUCCAUAUUCUAUGGGUCAACAAUCUUCAUGUACUUACAACCCAGCACUAAUCAUUCCAUGGAUACAGACAAAACAGCAUCAGUGUUCUAUACCAUGAUCAUUCCCAUGUUGAAUCCUCUGAUCUAUAGCUUGAGGAACAAAGAAGUCAAGAGGGCUCUCCAGAAAGCUGCCAGGAGGCAAAGAUGUUCAUAG